ACUCACUGAGCCACAGGCGCCACCCUUCUUUUUCCUUUUUAAAUUGAGACAGAGUCUCACUUUGUCGCCCUCUGUAGAGUCCUGUGACGUCAUAGUUCACAGCAACUGCAAACUCGGGCUCAAGAGAUUCUCUUGCUUCAGCCUCCCUAGUAGCUGAAACUACAGGCCCCCCGCCUCAACGCCUGGCUAUUUGUUGUUGUUGUUUAGCAGGCCCCGCCAGGUUCGAACCCACCAGCCCCUGUGCAUGCGGCCAGCGCCCUAACCACUAAGCUACGGGCCCCCAAACUCUGCAUUUAAAUUUCACCCAGUGGUUUUGACAUCCACUGGUGACUCUGAAUCAGAUUUUACUAUGAUUUUGCCAAAUGGUGAUUUUUAUAAUUUCGUCAAUCCUUCUACAUUCAUUUGUUGGUACUCUGUCCUUUGGCUUUACAGUGCCUGGCACACAGUAGGCGCUCAGAUAUAUUGGUUCUAUGAAUGAAUGAAUGAACUUUCACCGGUGUUGGCGGGGCGUCGGUGACACUAGCGGAGCCUGGCAGGGGCUUGACUUUCUCAGCCAAUCACCACGUGUUACCGAGGCUCCCGAGCCUUGCAGGGCCGAGCUCUUGGCUCUUCUUUGCUCCAAUCAAAAGCAAGGCUCUUCCGGGGUUUGCUUACGUUUAAGGAAGACAAGCGAUUGGCUCCUUCAGCUCCAGCCGGCCCAACAGACAGCCAGUGGCGUGGGACAGAGACCAAUGGGUACGGGUGGGAGGCGGGGCCUGCCACGCGGUGGCGGUAUAACCGCGCCGCGCUCGCGCGCGCUUCCCUCCUGACACGGGCAUCGGCAGGGGCUAUGGCUGCAAGUUCCUUCAUAUCCGCGCUGGCCACUCGGCUGUUCCGGCCCGCGCACAGCUGUCCUCUCCGCCAUCGCCCCUUCCAUCUUGCGGCAGUUCGACAUGAAGCUGUGGUCAUAUCUGGAAGAAAGCUGGCCCAGCAGAUCAAGCAGGAAGUGCAGCAGGAGGUGGAAGAGUGGGUGGCCUCCGGCAACAAACGACCCUACCUGAGCGUGAUUCUGGUCGGAGAGAAUCCUGCAAGUCACUCCUAUGUCCUCAACAAAACCAGAGCAGCUGCAGCUGUGGGAAUCAACAGUGAGACAAUUGUGAAACCAGCAUCAAUUUCAGAGGAAGAAUUAUUGAAUUUAAUUAAUAAGCUGAAUAAUGAUGAUAAUGUAGAUGGCCUCCUUGUUCAGCUGCCUCUCCCAGAGCACAUUGAUGAGAGAAAGAUCUGUAAUGCUGUUUCUCCAGACAAGGAUGUUGAUGGCUUUCAUGUGAUCAAUGUAGGCCGAAUGUGUUUGGACCAGUAUUCCAUGUUACCGGCUACCCCAUGGGGUGUGUGGGAAAUAAUUAAGCGAACUGGUAUUCCAACCCUAGGGAAGAAUGUGGUUGUGGCUGGAAGGUCAAAAAAUGUUGGGAUGCCUAUUGCAAUGUUACUACACACAGAUGGGGCACAUGAACGUCCUGGAGGUGAUGCCACUGUUACUAUAUGCCACCGAUACACUCCCAAAGAGCAGUUGAAGAAACAUACGAUUCUGGCAGAUAUAGUAGUAUCUGCUGCAGGCAUUCCAAAUCUGAUCACAGCAGAUAUGAUCAAGGAAGGAGCAACAGUCAUAGAUGUGGGAAUAAACAGAGUUCAAGAUCCCAUAACUGCUAAACCCAAGUUGGUUGGAGAUGUGGAUUUUGAAGGAGUAAAGAAAAAAGCUGGUUACAUCACUCCAGUUCCUGGGGGUGUUGGUCCCAUGACUGUGGCGAUGCUAAUGAAGAAUACCAUUAUUGCUGCAAAAAAAUUGCUGAGGCCUGAAGAGCGGGAGGUGCUGAAGUCUAAAGAGCUUGGAGUAGCCACUAAUUAACUGCCAUGUCUUCUUUGUCAAGAAUAGCACUCCAAGGCAGCUUCAGAAGCAAAGCAGGCCAAUCGAAAUGCAAUAUUUUUUUAUUUAUUCUACUGAAAUGGUUUAAAAUGAUGCUUUGUAUUUAUUGACAGCUUACAUGGGUAGGUGUUUGUGCACAUGGCUCUGCAGUACCUCACCAAGGAGCAUUCCAGGAUCAUGCUGGGUCAUGUGAUCUAGCCAAGAGCAGCCGUUAACCUAGGGACUAACAUGGGACACACUGAUACAUUGAGAAUGGAUGCUCCACUUUGUCAAGCCACCUCCGUUAAAAACUUGCCUUUUCUAGGAUUGCAUUUCCCAAGUGCUAUUCUGAUAAGAGUUGAUACUCAUUUUAGGUUCCAAACCUUCUGAGGUCAACUGGUCAAACCAAAGGAAAAAUGUUGCCAGAGAAAAUUACAGAAAAGGUGAAAGGGAAAAGAUGGUGGUAAUUGAGUAGAGAAAAUUGCUCUAACUUAUUGAUAUAUACAUAUUGAUGGAUAACCAGAUUUAUCCAAGUAGAACUGAAUUGGCUAGGAAGAAAGAAAACCUACAUGUUAGUAGUUUUCCUAAGCUUUUUGUGGCUUAGUCAUUGGGAAAAUGUUUAAGUUGUUCCAUUUGCUGUUAGCCCUCAUGUUAUGUAUGUUAGCCAUCAGUGAGUUCUCCUCAUUUUAGUUUUCUAGGAGUGAAAGGCUUAUUUUAUAAAUUAUUCAUGUGUAUUGUCAUAUUUGACUUUUGCUAUAUACUUAAAUUUCAUUGUUCAAUUUUUGUAUUGUUAGUGGGUAUGUAUGGUUUCUUUGGGAUAUCUUGAAACCUAUUUUUGCAAGACAAAACUUGGGUUUGAUAAUCAUUUGGGCAGCUCGUUGAAGUAUGCAAUUUACUUUUCCACCAAAGAAUUGUCGGCAGCUGCCUGCUUGUCUAUGAUGUACCCUGUUAGCUUUCCCAAAAGAUUUUGAAGAACUUGAGUUACUAUUGAAUUUAAUCAGACUUUCUGAUUAAAGGAUUUUUUUUCCUUUUUUAAUAAAACACAUCUGUGUGGAAUG